CGUGACCCGGGCCUGGAGCCGGAAGUCUCCGCGGCACCUUUGGCAGGCGGCUUGCCCGGCUCCUAGAACUGCGAUGACGUCUGCACUGACCCAGGGGCUGGAGCGAAUCCCAGACCAGCUGGGCUACCUGGUGCUGAGCGAAGGUGCAGUGCUGGCGUCAUCCGGGGACCUCGAGAACGAUGAGCAGGCAGCCAGUGCCAUCUCCGAGCUGGUCAGCACGGCCUGUGGCUUCCGGCUGCACCAUGGCAUGAAUGUACCCUUCAAGCGUCUGUCUGUGGUCUUUGGAGAGCACACGCUGCUGGUGACCGUGUCGGGACAGAGGGUGUUUGUGGUGAAGAGGCAGAACCGAGGCCGGGAGCCCAUUGACGUCUGAGCCCACCCAGGCGUGAGGGUCCAAGCAGUGGAUGGGGGCCGCUGGCCAUGACGUGGCUGAUGCUCGAGUCCUCUGCCUCCCUCUUGGCUUACUGCUAGAACCAAGGUCUUUUGCUCAGCCACCUCCCCACGCCUACCUGGAAAGGCGGCAGACCCGAGAUUGCGGUGUUUAGGAGGCUCGCAGCAAUGGCGUCUCCGUUGUUCUUCCCUCCCUCCCAAUAAACUUGAGUUUCCUGUU